UUAGAUUCAGCGUGCUCCUCUCUGUUGUUUUGUCUUGAUGCAAGCUGUUAGAAAAGUUGUUUCUGUAAAUCGACAAAUACAGUUUUUGAAUCGGGUCAAUGAUAUUCUCAUCCUCAAAGUCGUGACUAGGGUUUUAAGCAAGCAGGGAUAUCAUCUGAAAUGAGAUCUGCUGCUGUGAAGAUGUUUGUUAAAGAAGAGAGUGAAGAGAACUCGAGAGAACCAGAAACCUGUACAAUAAAACACGAGGAAACCGAAACCUGGAGAAUUAAACACAAUGAGCCAGAAACCUGGAGAAUAAAACACGAGGAACCUGAAAUCUACAGAGGAAAACAAGAAGAACCAGAAAGAUGGAGAAUAAAACACGAGCAUCAAGGAGAGUUGAUUAAAAAAUACAAGGAGAAUGAAGAAUCAAGUGAAGUUGAGGAGACCAAUCAUGUCAAACCUGGAGAAAAACCUAUGAGUUGCUCUCAAACCAAACAGAAUGAUCUACAGAAAACUGGAGUCAAUAAAUAUUUCCCCUGCACUCAGUGUGGAAAGAUUUUUAUACGCAAAUAUGGUCUUGAUGUUCACAUUAGAGUUCACACUGGAGAGAGACCAUUCCCAUGUGAAUAUUGUGGAAAGACAUUCACACAAAUAUCACACCUUUAUGUACACAUGAACAUCCACACUAAAGAGAAACUGUACUCAUGUGAUCAGUGCGGGCAAACGUUUUUGAGGGCUUCAGUCCUAAAGCAGCACCUGAGAGUUCAUACAAAGGAGAAGCCAUAUUCAUGUAAUUUGUGUGGAAAGAGUUUUUCAUGUCUACAACAUUUGAAAGUACAUCAGAAAGUACAUGUUGUUGAAAGAGAUUACAUAUGCUGUGAGUGUGGGAAGACUUUUACUACAGUAAGCUGUUUAAAACGGCACCAGAGGAUUCACACUGCAGAAAAACCUUACAAAUGUUCACACUGUGACAAGAGAUUCAAUCAGUCUUCAUACCUGAAAACACAUGAGAGGAUCCACACUGGAGAGAAACCUUACAAGUGUUCACACUGUGACAAGAGAUUCUGUCAGUCAGCAAAUCUGAAAACACACCAGAGGAUUCACACUGGAGAAAAACCUUACAAGUGUUUACACUGUGACAAGAGAUUCUGCAAUUCAGGAGUCCUGAAGACACAUAAAAGGAUCCACACUGGAGAGAGACCAUAUCCGUGCACUGCAUGUGGGAAGUGUUUCAAAAAUGUAUCUAAUCUAAACAGUCAUACAAAAACCAUUCACAGCAAGUAGAUCAUCUUCAGAUCCAGCUCUUUCAGGCAGUGGUGGACAGGUCAUCUGAGUUGGGUCAGCCCGGCCCUUUGCGUGAAUAUAUAGAGCGAAUUAUGGAGACAAUACAACAAGACUUGCUGUUUGUAUUGUAUUACUGUUUACGAUAACAUAACAUUUUUAAAUGACAGACAUUAAUUUUUAGGUAUACAAACUGAAAUUUUUCAUUUUUCUAAUUUCUUAAUGCUAUUAAAUAGGGCUGCAUGAUAAAUCGAAAAUGAAAUCGAAAUCGCAGUUAGACAUGAGCUGUGAUUUUCAUGCGAAUCUUUCUGUGAAGCAUGGUUUUGUAAUCAGAAGUAAAUCUCCGUCCAAAGGCUAGAGAACUCCAAAUAUGCCCCGCAGAAGAAACCCAUGAAAUGCCAGCGGUACCUGGAUAAAUGGAAGAUUUAACUGCUUUUAUUGAAUCAAUGGGAAUAAUAAACACGGUACUAUGACAAUAUGAUUUAUCCCAGUUCUUAUUAUUACAAUUUCUCAUUAUUAACUUGUCAGUGAACUACGGCUUUGUGUUGCACAACUAUUUUCAACAUUUAAAAUAAUUUUGAUCUGAGUAAGUGGGCCGCUCUGUGCCAUAAAGUCCAGGGCCACUUUUUAGCCCCAGUUCACCCCUACUUUCAGGUCUGAUUCUGCAUUAUCACCAAAUGAGACACAAUAAUGCAUCAAGCAAUAAAAUAUAAUCUGGAUAAAUCUUCCUAACCAGCAGUUGCAAGUGACGUGACAAAGAAACAUUAUCUGAAGUUUUCGCAGUGAAUGAAGUUCAUCUUCAAAACCAGCAGAUUCAACUGUGAUUCAGAUCAACUCCGAGAUGGAGUACAAUGUCAGAAAGUUUUAUUAUUAUUAAUAUUAUUAUUUUGAGUUUCAUAUCAUGUUCAGUUGUCUUAUAAUGCAUAUGUUUCACUUGUAAUUUGCUUGCUCUGUCAUGAAGGAAAAUGGAAGUUUUUAUAGACUGUUCUUGUUCAGGAAGUUGAAGAAGAGGCUAACGCUUCUCAAGGCCUGAGAUUUAAUUUAAUUAAUUUUUUCUUUAUUGAUGACUAGAGUUAUUCUUCCACUUAAGAUGUAUUUGGGAAAUGCAGAUGCAAUAUAAAGUGUCAUGUAGCUUUGUAAUUGAUCCUUCUUUGCUUCUCUUGUUAGUAGGAAUGAAUACCUGAAUCCAGAAUUAAUCGAGCCCUGGGGCUAAAUUAUGAAAGUUUGCAGUAUCAAUAAGCUCUAAUGUUAACUGUCAUUUCUGUACAUUCUUACAAUGCGAAAAGUGCUGCAUGUAAAAGGUUAUUUGAUUAAUGUUGUGUAUUCCCCUUGCAUCUUAAGUAUCAUUCAUUAGAGUAGCAAACACCAGAUGAAUGGAUUUAAAGACAAAUCUUCAUUUCCAAGAUGAUGCAAAAAAAGACCAUAAAUAUUGGAGAUCUGUCAGGAUUAGGGACCUGUCUGUGUGAUUUGCUCUCUGUGACACAAUUUCACCCUUAUGUUGAUUGUUAAUUUGAUUCCGGGUGUGUCUCCUUAGUCCUUGGUUAUCCUGUGUUUAAAAGCCCCAGUCCAUUCAAUUCGUGUUUGUCAGGUCUAUUCAUUGUUUUUAUUAUGGAUUUAUUCCCUGUGUUUCCUAGGUUAAAGACUACUGUUUGUACUCAACGUUUCUUUCUCAUUCCUCCCAGCACAGAUCGUGACAGCAAGUGGGUUCAAAUAUUCAAGGCAAGACAUUAUUUAUGAGAUUCUUGCAUAUUUGUUAAGAAUAAGUAGUGGAAGUUUAAUAAUGUUCCUGUGGGUUCCUGCUCAUUUCGGAGUGGAGGCUAACGAAAUUACUGAUAAACU